CUGUUAUGACACAGCCAUCACACGCAUACUGCAUACACAACGCAGAGCAUCAGAAGCAGCUGCGAUCUGAUCGACAUGGCUGCCGCCACCAUGGCUAUCACCUCCCGCGCGCUCGUCGGCAAGCCGGCGGCUGGCACGAGGGACGUCUUCGGCGAGGGCCGCAUCACCAUGCGCAAGACCGCCGCCAAGCCCAAGCCGGCGGCGUCCGGCAGCCCAUGGUACGGUGCCGACCGCGUCCUGUACCUGGGCCCGCUGUCCGGCUCGCCCCCGAGCUACCUGACCGGCGAGUUCCCCGGCGACUACGGGUGGGACACCGCGGGGCUGUCGGCGGACCCGGAGACCUUCGCCAAGAACCGCGAGCUGGAGGUGAUCCACUGCCGCUGGGCCAUGCUCGGCGCGCUCGGGUGCGUGUUCCCGGAGCUGCUCGCCCGCAACGGCGUCAAGUUCGGCGAGGCGGUGUGGUUCAAGGCGGGCUCCCAGAUCUUCAGCGAGGGCGGGCUGGACUACCUCGGCAACCCGAGCCUGGUCCACGCGCAGAGCAUCCUGGCCAUCUGGGCGUGCCAGGUGGUGCUCAUGGGCGCCGUCGAGGGGUACCGCGUCGCCGGCGGCCCGCUCGGGGAGGUGGUCGACCCGCUGUACCCUGGCGGCAGCUUCGACCCGCUCGGGCUCGCCGACGACCCGGAGGCGUUCGCCGAGCUCAAGGUGAAGGAGAUCAAGAACGGCCGCCUCGCCAUGUUCUCCAUGUUCGGCUUCUUCGUGCAGGCUAUCGUCACCGGCAAGGGCCCCCUCGAGAACCUCGCCGACCACAUCGCCGACCCCGUCAACAACAACGCCUGGGCUUACGCCACCAACUUCGUCCCCGGCAAGUGAGCGAGGGCAUGAUGCUUGCAUGCGUGUACCGUAGACGUACCGUAUUCCUACGUACUGCAGGUUGCACCAGUAUUUGUGAAGGGAGCUGUGCGUGGGAGCCAGAGAUUGUACCGCUAGUGUAUUUUUGUAUGCACGCCGUGGAGCUGAUCAAUGAAAUAUGCUGUAAAUAUAUUAUGUCUUCAUUUAUGCAUACUGUACAUGAUUGUUCUCACGAUCAGGUUGUGAGCACGUCCUAAAAUACAAGGUCAACAAAUAAAAAAAGAACAGAGGGAAUAGAUUGCAAGCGUAGCUCAUGCUGACAACGACAAUUGGAGCCAAAUUCACGUAAAGACCUGUGAAAAACUAUCUACUACGACAUAAAACUCAAAACCCAUGCAUCCAGAAGAUCAAAACUAAAUUUAUUGUUUGGCACCACUAAAAAUUGUCUCUGCUCGAAGGCUGACUGUAGUGUACCCUAGACGUACGUAUUCCUACGUACUGCAGGUUGCACCAGUAUUUGUGAAGGGAGCUUUGGGAGCCAGAGAUUGUACCGCUAGUGUAUUUGUAUGCAUGAUGUGGAGCUGAUCAAUAAAAUAUGUUGUAAAUA